AUGGAAGCACCCAAGCCCGUCUACAAUCUUCCCGACGAUGCAGUCUGGUUCAUCACCGGCAGCUCGUCGGGCAUGGGCCUCUCCCUCGCCAGGCACGUCGCCGCACACCCCACCCAGCGCGUCGUGGCCACGGCGCGCAACACCGCCAAGCUGGCCGGCAGCCUGCCCGAGGGCCCGCGGGUCCACCUGGCAGCCCUGGACGUCAGCGACGCCGGGUCCGUCAGGGCCGCGUUCGACUCGGCCGUCGCCCGGUUCGGCCGCGUCGACGUCGUCGUCAACAGCGCCGGCCACGGCCUGAUGGGCGACACCGAGUCGUUCGUGGGCAACGACCAGGACCUCGGCAGGGCCCGCGGCACCGUCGAGACCAACUUCUGGGGCACCGCCCAGGUCUCCGCGCACGCCGUGCGCGUCUUCCGCGACGAGAACCCCAGGACCGGCCAGGUCGGCGGCGCGGUGCUCAACGUCACGUCCAUCGGCGGGUUUGCCGGUUUCCCCGGCAGCGCCUUCUACCACGCCUCCAAGUUUGCCGUUGAGGGCUACACCGAGGCCCUGAGCAAGGAGGUGCGGCCCGACUGGAACACAUCCUGGGUUGCGCACCCGGCUGACCUGCGCCGUCAAAAAGUCCACUUCUGCAUCGUCGAGCCCGGUGCCACAAAGACCAAUUUCGCUGACGGCGGCAUGGUAUGGCUCACUCCUCACCCCGCCUACGCAGAACCAGACACGCCCGCCAGGCUGCUCGAGGGCUACGUGAAGAGCCCGGAUUUGCAGGCCACCUGGGCGCGGCCUGAGCACGUUGCCGCGGCCAUGUACGAGAUUGUCGCGCGAAAAAAGGCUAUCCCCUUCCGCUUCCCAACUGGUGCGCCAGCGUGGACAGUAAUUAAGGCUGAGUGUGGUGAGGUGGACAAGGCCCUGGACGAGAUCAAGGAUCUGAGUUUCGCAGUGGACGAUGGCUCGAUCAACAAGAGCGGCGAAUUCCUCAAGAAGACUUUCUAA